UUUUUUCCCCCCCUCGCAUUAUGAUUUUAGAAGGACUGAUUUUUAUCAGGAACUUGGCAAGAACCCAAACACUCGAUGUGAAAUUCCACCUUCCUGAAAUCUCCUGAGAUUGUCUUAGACAUCAUGGCCGUAUGCGUAGUGAAGUCUGCGCUUCUGCUGUGUCUUGUGAAUUUGGGAUUUUCCUUCUCUGGGAUAUUUGACCCUUCAGGUAAAUACGGGACAGUCAGCGAGCAUGACGAGCGAGCCGAUUUCCAUACGGGCGCCAACACUACUACGGAGCGAGGCUUUCAGAUGCCAUCGAACGUCCACCCUAACCUUUAUUUCGACCUGACGGAAGUCCGCCGGCUGAAAAAGAAAGCUGCCGGGACACACGCGCACGUGUUUAAAGUUAUACGGAAUGCGGUGACGACCAUGCUCGAGGUCCCGACACUCUACCUGCCGCCCAUGGACCAUGAGGAAUUUGCAAAGAAGUGGAACGAGAUUUACGGCAACAACCUUCCAGCACUCGCGCUGUACUGUCUGCUCCAGCCUGAAGACAGCGCCGCGUUCCAGUUUUUAAUGAAAUACAUGGAUCGUAUGGCGGAAUAUCCCGACUGGAUGGUGACCAGCGCCCCGAACGACGAGGUUCCGAUAUCCCAUUCCCUCACUGGCUUCGCUACAGCUUACGACUUCAUUUAUACCUAUCUGGACACCCAGCGAAAAGUUCGGUACCUGAAGAAGAUCCGUGCCGUCACGGCGGAACUUUAUGAACUGUCAAAGCAUAGAGGUUGGGGUCGGCAGUUUCUGCAAAACCACCAGACUACGAACAUACUAGCCAUCCUUACGGGAGCUAUCGUAACCGGUGUACACAAAGACCGCGAGACCAUGAUGUGGAAGCAGGUCGCCGUGAACUACAUGGAAAAGACCAUGUUCCUCUUGAACCAUAUCGUAGACGGUUCGCUAGAUGAAGGCGUGGCGUACGGCAGCUACACGGCCAAAUCCAUCACUCAGUACGUUUUCUUGGCGUCGCGUCAUUUUGAAAUCGACAACAAGAACAACAACUGGCUGAGAGCUCACUUCAUGUUCUACUACGCCACCGUGCUGCCUGGUUUUCAAAGAACCGUGGGCAUCGCUGACUCCAACUACAACUGGUUCUACGGGCCGGAGAGUCAGCUGGUGUUCCUGGACGCGUUUGUGCUCAGGAACGGCUCGGGAAACUGGCUGGCGCAGCAGAUCAGAAAGUGCCGGCCCAAGGACGGUCCCAUGACGCCGUCCGUGGCGCAGCGCUGGGCUACCUUACACACCGAGUUCAUCUGGUACGACGCCGAGCUCGCGCCUCAGCCACCGCCCGAUUUUGGGAAAGCAAACAUGCACGUUUUUUCAAACUGGGGGGUUGUGACGUACGGCGCAGGGUUGCCUUUGGGGCAGGACAACACUUUUGUAUCCUUUAAAUCCGGGAAGUUAGGCGGACGAGCGGUGUACGACAUCGUUCAUGCUAAGCCUUACUCCUGGGUCGACGGCUGGACUAACUUCAACCCGGGUCACGAACACCCGGAUCAGAACUCGUUCACUUUUGCUCCAAACGGACAAGUCUUUGUCUCUGAAGCUUUAUAUGGACCAAAAUACAGCUAUCUUAACAACGUCCUCGUAUUUGCACCUUCCCCUACUAGCCAGUGCAAUGCACCAUGGGAGGGGCAGCUAGGGGAAUGUUCCAAAUGGUUAAAAUGGGGAGAAAAGGAAGUAGGAGAUAGCGCUGGUGAGGUCAUCGCGGCGUCUUCACACCAGGACACUAUGUUCAUUAGCGGUGAAGCCGCGUCAGCGUAUUCGUCCGCGAUGAAACUCGAGAGUGUUUAUCGAGCCCUGGUUCUGCUCAACUCCCAAACCUUAUUAGUGUUAGAUCACGUCGAAAAGCACGAGAAGUCUCCCGUAACCUCGUUUAGUGCCUUUUUCCACAAUCUCGACAUCGACCUGAGAUACGUGCCCCACAGGUCUUUGAAUAAGUACAGCGGCGCUCUGAUGGAUGUAUGGGACGCCCAUUACGAGAUGUUUUGGUUCGACAAUCAGGGAGUCAGUCCUGUAGGCAGGAUACAAGAAGUAGAACAGGUCGCAGAGUUCAAAAAGAGGUGGACGCAGUUCAUAAACGUUACUUUUUCCAUAGACGGCGUAAUCAGCAGGGUGGCUUAUCUAAUGCAUGGCCCUUUUGUCAAAGUGUCAGACUGCAGGUUCGUUGACAACAGCAAAAACGGCGUUAAACUGGCGGUUACCCUGAAUGACACAGAGACUACCGUGUCCAUAGCAACAAACUACAAAGAUAUCGGCGCCAGACACAGUUACUUAGGCUUUGCAGGGUUUGCGAAAGCAGAGAAUAAACACAAGAUCGUUCAUUUCGGUCAGGGAGUUCAGGUUUUACCCAGCCAAGUGAAAAAAGACUCGACGUUUAACUUCGGUUUCAUGACCAACGUCGUUGCAGUGUGGAUCCUCUGUUUCGCCAUCGCGGUCUUGACCGUAAAGAGAAAGUUUAACGUUUCCUCCCGUAAACUCAUCCGCUGCACGGUUGUUUCGGUGCUGCUUUUCUGGGUGUUGGGCCUCUUGGUGACGUCUCAUCGUUGUCAGGAGGUGCUGUGCAGCAUCAUGUGGAGGGAUCUCCGUGUCUCUGAGGAAGCAGUCACUCGAUCCACCUUCCCUCUCGACCGCACCCCAGACCCCCUUCCGUUCAUAAUCGUCACCUCUCUUCCCGGCUCCGGAGCCGAGAUCCUUCAACCCCUUUUCGACAACAGUUCGGACUUUGUGUACCUCAGCAUUCCCUCCACGUACCUCCGUAUUCCCGAGACCAACUUUGCUCCCGACUCGUUCACGGACGCUUGCGAGUGGUCCAGGGCGGACGCCCGGAACGGAAAGUUUCGAGCCGUUCAAGGAUGGUUGCAUUCGAUGGUGCAUAGCAUCAGACUGCACCUGCAGAACAUUCAGCUCUACAAGAGCAGUAUCGAGGCGGGGAAUAAGGGCGGCGCUCGGGGAACGAGGAAGAGGCGGAAGCUCCUGAUGGCGACGGGCGAGAUCGGAGACGGGAGGUCUACGUCGAGAGAGGUGGCGUACAUCAAGGAGUUGAGGCAGCACUUGUCGAACUUCCCGAACGCCUGCCCUGUGCUGAACCUUCGGAGCGGGAGCUGGUCCUUAAAACUCCCGUUCGUUCAAGAAGUCAUCGGACGCUCGUUGCGUUCGGUUCAAGUAGUGCGCGACCCACGGGCGUGGAUCUAUCUCAUGCUCUACAACAGCAAGCCGAGCCUUUACGCUAGCAAAAACAUUAGAAAACACUUGCUGAACAUCCUGGACCAGGCUAGCGAUAAGACAGGACAGACCUGCACGCAGUUUGACCCAGCGUUUCAGCCUUUACGAGAGAUCCUCGCUCAGCCAGAUGCUAACCCAGUGCUCUUACUAGCUCACCUCUGGCUUGCUCAUACUUCCGCCAGCCUCCGAGCGAGCGCGGACUUUCCUUCACGCACCUGCCUUCAGGUGAAAUUUGAGGAUAUUGUGAACUUUCCUGACGAUACUGCAGAAAAGAUCCAUAGGUUUAUCGGCGUGCCUGUCUCUCCGGCCGCCGUAAACCAGCUCGCGUUCGCUACAUCCACGAAUCUGUAUCAUCUAGUCUACGAAGGGGAUAUAUCACCUGACAAAAUUAACCUGUGGAGAGAAAACAUGUCUCCUGAUCAGAUUAGACUCAUAGAACACGUGUGUGGGACUGUCAUGGACACACUCGGCUACAAAAGAUACGUGUUUGUAUGAAAUAAAUGGAAUUGCUAUUUGUAUAAAUGCAAAAAUGUUUUUUUUUUUUAUAAAAUGUAUGUUUAAAGAAAGAAAGAAAAGUG